CGGUACUAACAUGAUGAAUAUCUGCCGGGAUUCGAAGACAAAACAAGCCGGAAUCAAAGGUCUUUCUCAAUCGGAUUUUCGUGGGCGGCCCGUCAGACGUCUUCCUAUAGCUAUAACCGUGGCUGCAUCAAGCCAAAUACAACGGCAACGUCAGAAUCUCAGCCGCAGGAAAUCCGCACCGCCUUCAGUGUACCGUCGAUCUGAUACUCCCGGUUUGGACAUACCGUUUUGGCAAAAGACCUGGUUCAUAGUAGUGUUGUUGGUUAUGGCGCUCUCUUGCUUCGCCAUCGCUAUCGUUCUCCUCCUCAAACUUGGCUCCGAUUACUCUAUCAGCCCUACAUCCGCCGCAUCUGAAGGUGUCCAGAUUACUUACGGGUCAACGAUCAAAUUGAUGCAUGAGAAGACAAAGGUGCGGUUGCAUUCACACGAUGUGCCGUAUGGUUCAGGCAGUGGGCAGCAGUCGGUCACAGGUUUUCCUAGUGUAGAUGAUGCUAAUAGCUAUUGGGUUGUUAAGCCUGAUCCAGACUCUUCUGCAAAGCAAGGAGAUGCUAUUAAAACUGGGUCUAUUAUCAGACUGCAACAUAUGAGGACUAGGAGAUGGCUGCACAGCCACUUGCAUGCAUCUCCAAUAUCCAGCAAUUUGGAGGUUAGUUGAUCA